GCAGGAACUUUUUUCACCCCCCUGAUUAUCACUCAUUCCAUGUGCAUCUGAUGUCACUCUGGUAGUACUGCUACACACUGUUUACCUGAGCCUCAACUUUUAAUGUUACGCGCCUGAUGUAUGGAACAUUCCGUAUGGUACCAACUGUAACAGGAUAACUCCCGAUGCGGCUUAGUCGGCCAUACCUAGGUAACAACCUUGGGGUCUCCUCAACACCGGCCGUUGUGGUCAAACGGGUCGAAAAGCCAGAAACAAUCGGCCCACUACGAAAAACUACAUAAAAAGCCAAAUAAAGACAACAAGGGCGAUGACUCCCUCGCCCUUUUUCUCAUCGGUGCGUCAUCCCUUUUCGGCCAGACAAAGGAGACAAGGCCAGGCUGCACAGGAACUUGGCUUUCAUGUGUGCACUCAAGUAGCUAGUCUUCCUCUAAGCCACAGGCUCACGCUCGGUCUGGAUUCAUACACAGAGGACAAAGCACGGCAAAGCUGUCACCUGUCGACUGUCAAAAGCGGCCCCUAAGUCUUGGGCCUUACGCGACUCAGCGCCAAGUAGCUUUGCGAGUCUUGACUUACAACCUCGAAGGGGUGGGGGCGAGUGCCGCUUCUAAAAAACAGCACUGGCUCACAACAAGCUCACAGGAGUCGACUCAACACUCCCAGAGUGUCUGAGUUGCGCGCCCGCCACCAGGCUAGUGGAGGUUAACACCUAGGCGUUCCCUUCUUCCCAGGCUCCCCUCUCCCCUCUCCCUGCUACCACUGCAGUGUGCCCAAGGACGCUUGAAGUCCAUCGCUAUCAUGUGCGCUAGCUAGCACCUAAAGACCCUUGCAGGUUGUUCAUUUUAACCGGGGUACUUCAAAAAUAGCCCACGGUUCGCGAAAUCCCAUAUGAUUCUGGGACUUUGUGUUGACUAACCAUGCCUAGGCAAAAGAGUUUCCUGGGGUUGAAGUUGAGCUGCCAAGAAAAGCAGAAGACGGAUCAAAUCCUAGAAGCUUCAAAGAGGCGGGACAGCGACAGGCUAGUCAUGACUAGUUUCAAGAGGAUCAAGGCCUCUAGUGGUGCUUUGUACCCGGGCUUUUGAAGAGGUUGUUCUCCAUACUGAUUGCAACAUGGCUCAGUAUUACUAUUGCUAACAGCCUGUGUUUGCUUUCUAUUCAGUUUACCUAAACCAGGCAUAAUCCUAGCAGCUGCCCUUUUGAUAUGAAUUUUGAAUCAAGCGGCCACGUAUCCAGACGUAUCUAUAUAUAUAUAUAUAUAUAUCACCCGGGCCAGUCAGCUUCUUCGGGUAAUAGCCUCUCACACAAUAUAGUCCGUUUCGUAUCCAUCAGAAACUUGAUAUUGAGCAAACGAGUCACGGGACCAGCAUCUUUUGUACUCUCCCACCCAAACCACGGAGAGGGGUACAUCUAUAUUUCAGUACGUGUAUAAUACAGGACUUGGCAGGCUAGUAACCCCAAUACCGCCGGGGCUGCGGCGUUAGUGAAAUCUCCUUGCCUCCUUGCUCGUCGGCCAAAGCAAGCUUCGCUGCGCUGGCUGAUCUGGGCGACCUUGGCCUCCACCACCUCCACCUUUUUCUUCUCCUCUCCUCUCCUCUCUCUCCUCUCCUUUGCCUCUACUGUCCUCAUCUCCUCAUCUCAUUCCUCAUCUCAUUUUCGCUCUUCUACCUCCUACCCCAAGCCGAAACUACGCAAUACCCUGGGCGCAGUGUCUCCACGUCAGAGCUCCUAGUCUUCCUGGCUAGCUACGAACCCUCACAUUUCGAGUCUAAUCAGUUAGCCGAACCUCAUUCUUCCUAGCACGUCCACAGUCAACCCAGUCACCAUGGCGAAAAAAGAUAGCCCGCUGUUUCCCCGUAUGUCCAAGAAGCCUCCCUUCACCGUAGAAGCCCCCGGUGUCCAAAAGGUUGAAGGGGAGACCAUCCCCCGCAGGCACCCUGCCGCGAAGGACGGCCUCGUCAGCAAACCUCAUCCGGAAAUCUCAACCCUCUUUGAGAACCUCAAAUGGAGCGCGAAGACGUACGGAAAUUCCAAAGCGGUGGGAUCGCGUCGGAUAGUUGGAACCCAUGUCGAGAAUAAGAAGAUCAAGAAGAUGGUGGGUGGGGUAGAGCAGGAGGUCGACAAAGAGUGGACCUUCUUCGAGCUCAGUGGUUAUACCUAUCUUACCUUUAUUGAGUUCGAGAAGCUUGUCCUGGAGCUGGGCGCUGGUCUCAGGAAACUUGGACUCGAGAAGAAUAGCAGGCUCCACAUGUUUGCUGCCACGAGCGCACAUUGGUUGGCGAUGGCACUUGGUGCCGGAUCUCAAUCGAUGACUAUUGUGACUGCCUACGACUCCCUGGGAGAGGACGGCUUGAAGCAUUCCCUGUUACAGACUCAUAGCAGCGCCAUCUUCCUCGACCCUGUCCUCCUCUCAACCCUUGAGCGUAUAUUGAAGGAUGCUACGGAUAUUAAAUAUGUCAUCUAUGACACGGCAACUGAGGCCAAGCAGGAACAUAUUGAUAGCCUAAAAUCUGGCUUCCCUCACAUCAACAUUAUGAGCUUUGAAGAGCUCCGGAACCUUGGCGAAGAAAAUCCCGUAGAUCCGGUACCACCAACCCCGGAAGAUCUGUGCGCCAUCAUGUAUACGUCAGGAUCAACCGGCCCCCCGAAAGGUGUUGCUCUGAAGCAUAGCAUGGUUGUUGCCGGGAUGGCCGGAGCUAAUGCCAAUGUCGGGCACGUUCUGGGCCCGUCUGACGUGCUUCUGACCUAUCUCCCGCAAGCGCAUAUCCUCGAGUUUAUAUUUGAGAAUCUUUGUCUCUUUUGGGGCGGAACAAUGGGCUACGGCAGCCCGAAAACACUUUCUGACACAUCCGUGCGAAACUGCAAAGGCGAUAUUCGUGAAUUGAAACCUACCGUCCUAGUGGGUGUGCCAGCCGUGUGGGAAACUGUAAAGAAGGGAAUUAUUGGCAAUGUAAACAAAGGUGGCGCUCUCAUUAAGGGACUCUUCUGGGGAGGCCUUAGCGCCAAACACUUUUUGAUCUCCGCUGGCCUUCCCGGAUCGGGCAUCUUGGACGCAAUCAUUUUCAAGAAGGUCAAGGAAGCGACUGGAGGUCGUCUCAGAAUUAUGUUGUCCGGCGGUGGACCGAUUUCCAAGGACACGCAGCUGUUCCUUUCCAUGGCCCUAUGCCCAAUGGUUGGUGGUUACGGCUUAACUGAGACCAGUGCUAUGGGUGGCCUAUGCGAUCCCUUGGCAUGGACCCAUAAUGCGAUUGGCGAUAUCGCAGCAUCGGUCGAAAUCAAACUCGUUGAUUUCGCCGAGGCAGGCUAUUUCACGAAGAACAAUCCGCCCCAAGGUGAAAUCUGGAUUCGCGGCCCCAGUGUCACAGAAGGCUAUUACGAUAACGAAGCGGAAACCAAAGCGGCUAUAACUGAUGAUGGUUGGUUUAUGACUGGCGAUAUUGGCGAGUUCGACAAGAAUGGCCAUCUUAAGAUUAUCGACCGCAAGAAGAACUUGGUUAAGACUCUUAAUGGCGAGUACAUUGCGCUGGAAAAGCUUGAGUCUAUAUAUCGCUCCGCCAAUGUUGUCGCCAACAUCAUGGUCUACGCUGCGAUAGAUCAAACUAAGCCAAUUGCAGUUAUUGUCCCCGCCGAACCUGCUCUCCUCGCGCUCGCGAAGGCGAAUGGAAUCGAAGGAGAAAGUAUCGAAGCGCUGGUUCACAACAAGAAGUUGAACUCGAUUGUCCUCAAAGAGCUACAAAAUGCUGGUUACGCCAGUCACCUUAAGCCUUUUGAAAUUAUCGAGGGAGUUGUGCUCUCCGAUGAAGAGUGGACUCCGCAAAAUGGCUACAUCACCGCCGCUCAGAAACUCCAACGAAAGAAAAUCUCCAACCAUUUCCAAAAGGAAAUUGACCGUGCCUACGGAAAGAAAUGAUCCUAAGGACUUCUAGCUACCCCGCAAGUUCCUUUGGUUACCCCUGCCCUUUCUCAAUCCAUGUCCCAGAUCCAUGCUGCAUGGUAGCCACUCAGGAACUACGCGCUAUCUAAUUUUAGGCCACCUUGGUAGCUUAUCGACCCGGAGACAACGGGACUGCCGUUCUUAUGACCAAUUAUACCAUGUUUUCCUAAGUAUAUACCAAUCUAUGUUUUUCGCACAGCUUGCGCUAGCCGCCUUUGUGUGUAUUCUUGCCUGCCUGGAAAGCGCCUCACAACGAAUGAUUUCUAUGAACAUGGAGAUCGAAGACAUUGGGCCAGACCUAUCCAGUACGGCCCAAUUCACUCGUUGCCACCAGUAUGCGGAUUUCACACCCUCGCUCCGUGCUUGCUGCGCGUGGUAUUUGUGUGUUCUCCCUUCCUCUCCUUCUCUGUCCUUUGAUUUUGGACUUUGUGAUAUACGUUUUGUUUUCGCUGCUCAGUAUUGUCCUCUAUAUAUGCCCCAACCUAAUCUCUGUUCCAGUCCCUGUAUCGAACCUUUUUCCGUAUAUUUUUUUUCUUUUAUAUAUCGAUGUAUCUAACUCAUGCGCACGCGAAAUUACCCCCUACCAUGUCCCUAUGCAUGUUGAUGCCUUCCCAUAUUUCGAUAUGUUUGUAAUUUCUUUUUCCUUUACGUUGUGAGCCUCUUUUCGGGGUACGAUUUGUCGUUUGUCUUUUGUUAUUUCUUGCCUGUUUGCCUGCUUGCCUUGGUGAUGUGAGGACAUUUUAAAUAUCGAUCAGUGACUGUACUUUAUUAUCCCCGUCUGUUCCUCGUUUUGCUAAGUGCGUUUGAUCUACCUGAAUUUGUUUUCGUGACCUUUAUUGAUUUUGUCUAUCUAUACCUUAUUCUCUUUACCUUUGUGGUUUUUUUGAAGUAUUAGUGUAGCUGAAAUCAAUAUAUAUAUAUAUAUAUAUAUAUGUAUACGCAAUUUUAGGUGGCUAUGUGUGUGAACAGGUAACCUGAUAGGACACACGUGAAGAGCGCUCUACCGAUGAAAUAAGUUAUAGAGCAUUUUUACCUCAGAAGAAGCAGUCAUCAAAACUGAAGAUGGCCUGCUGGGUCAAUGUCAAGUUGUAUCAAAGGAGGAGAUUCUAUUGGGUUGUUUGUUCAGAUUCAAUAUAUGCAAAAUCGUUACCAUCGACCUAUAACCGAGUUACAUGGUUAUAUACAUAUAUACUCAGUACAUAUUCAUUCAUUCAUUCUUUGCAAUUUGGAAAUCGAGUUAUUCCCCAUGCCUGACUGACUAUCGUGAUAUUUGCCAAGAAUCAGGGGAGAGGACGCUAAACCUUCCUGA